AUGCCUGCUGUUACCACUCAGUUUCGUCCAUGCGAUCUCUCCAAGGCCAAAGUGAGACCGGAUGGAGACAUCUCGUCAGUAUUUGACUCAUUUUCACAAUCCGCCAAAGGCUUAGAUGAUUCGUUUGCCCAAGUGAAGAAAGCCCUCAUUAAGGACCCUGUCGCUGUCAAGGAAUCAUGGUUAAGGUUGAAAGAAGAUCUUGCAGCCGGAAUCGCGGAGAUCAGGAACCUAGGGUCGGGAGCCAUUCCACAGAUCGACUUUGCUGAGCUUGAAAAGAUUAGUCCAGAACAAAAACUCAACAUCUCUAAUAGAGGUUGUGUUGUUAUCAAGAAUGUCGUUCCUAGAGACGUUGCUGAAGGUUGGAAAGAAGAGGUGAUUGACUACAUUGAAGCGAACCCACAGACCAGAGGGUUUCCUGCCAAAAACAAGGUGGUCUACGAAUUAUACUGGUCCAAGUCACAAGUGAAAGCCAGAUCCCAUCCACAAUUGAGACAAUCUUUGGCAUUCAUGAACAGUUUGUGGCAUGCAUCACCCGAGACUCGCAUCUCACUUAACCAAAAUAUUAUGUACGCAGAUCGAAUGAGGAUCAGACAGCCUGGAGAUGCAAUGUUUUCCUUAGGUCCACAUGCAGACGGUGGAUCUCUUGAACGAUGGGUAGACAAAGAGUACAGCCUGUGUUAUGCCCCAAUUUUUGAAGGCAGAUAUGAAGAUUUUGAUCCAUAUGAUUCCACUCAUAGAGUCAAUACCAAUAUGGAGUACUACGAGUCAUCUGGUAGUUGUAACAUCUUCCGUUCCUUCCAGGGUUGGUUGGCAGUCUCCGAAAUUGCUCCCAAAGAAGGAACCAUUCUCUUUGCACCACUUAUUAAAAUUGUCACUGCCUACUGGAUGUUAAGGCCAUUCUUUGACGAAAAUGACAACCUCAAUUUAGACUCCUCAUUUCCUGGUGCGUCUCCCGGAAAGGGCCAAGAAUUUAACAACCAAACACAUCCGGGAUUAAGCCUCGAUGAUUUAAUGGUACCUGUUCCAAAGGUGCAGCCUGGUGACAUGGUGUUCUGGCACUGUGACAUGAUUCAUUCCGUGGACCCGGUACACCAGGGCAAAUUGGACUCUUCUGUUUUUUACAUUCCGUCAGCCCCGUUAUGUGAUGUUAACUUAAAGUAUGCGCUAACUCAACGUGAGACGUUUUUGAAAGGGCUCACGCCUCCCGAUUUUCCGGGGUUUCCCUUCGGUCCGGGUGAGACAACCCAUGUUGGUAGAGCGACUUCUCGUGAUGUGGAAGACAUUGGUGGCGAUGAAGCAUUGCAAGAAUUCGGUCUCUCCCCAUUCAAGGUGCAACCCUCCACAUCAGGGGAAGCCAAGAUGGUUGAUUGUGCCAACAAGACCCUCUUCUACUGA